CAGGCCCCCUUCCCUCUCGCUUCCCCCUCCCCUUUCCCAGCCGCGCUCUCAAUCUCGAGCUCGCUCGCUCUCCCUCUCCCCGGGCCGUGGAAAGGAUCCCACUUCCGGUGGGGUGUCAUGGCGGCGUCUCGGACUGUGAUGGCUGUGGGGAGACGGCGCUAGUGGGGAGAGCGACCAAGAGGCCCCCUCCCCUCCCCGGAUCCCCCCUCCCCGCCCCCCCUCCCCCCAGCCUCUUCGCCAACGCCCCCUUCCCCUCUCCCCUUCCCGGUGGGGCGCAGGCCCCCCAUCCCCACCCCCGUGGGAACGUUCGGAGCCUACACUCCUCAGACCCCCUCCUUGUCUCUCCCCUCACCUCAGCCCCCGCUCCCCGCCCUCUUCCCGGCCCUGGGCGCCGGCCGCCUGGUCCCUCCGCCGCCCCCCGGUCGCGGGGAGGACAUGGCCGCGCACAGGCCGGUGGAAUGGGUCCAGGCCGUGGUCAGCCGCUUCGACGAGCAGCUUCCAAUAAAAACAGGACAACAGAACACACAUACCAAAGUCAGUACCGAACACAACAAGGAAUGUCUUAUCAAUAUUUCCAAAUACAAAUUUUCUUUGGUUAUAAGCGGCCUCACUACUAUCUUAAAGAAUGUUAACAAUAUGAGAAUAUUUGGAGAAGCUGCUGAAAAAAAUUUAUAUCUCUCUCAGUUGAUUAUAUUGGAUACACUGGAAAAAUGUCUUGCUGGGCAACCAAAGGACACAAUGAGAUUAGAUGAAACGAUGCUGGUCAAACAAUUGCUACCAGAAAUCUGCCAUUUUCUUCAUACCUGUCGUGAAGGAAACCAACAUGCAGCUGAACUUCGGAAUUCUGCCUCUGGGGUUUUAUUUUCUCUCAGCUGCAAUAACUUCAAUGCAGUCUUUAGUCGAAUUUCUACCAGGUUACAGGAAUUGACUGUUUGUUCAGAAGACAAUGUUGAUGUUCAUGACAUAGAAUUGUUACAGUAUAUCAAUGUGGAUUGCGCAAAAUUAAAACGACUCCUAAAGGAAACAGCAUUUAAAUUUAAAGCCUUAAAGAAGGUUGCACAGUUAGCAGUUAUAAAUAGCCUGGAAAAAGCAUUUUGGAACUGGGUAGAAAAUUAUCCAGAUGAAUUUACAAAGCUAUACCAGGUUCCACAGACUGAUAUGGCUGAGUGUGCAGAAAAACUCUUUGACUUGGUGGAUGGUUUUGCUGAAAGCACCAAACGUAAAGCAGCAGUUUGGCCACUACAGAUCAUUCUCCUCAUCUUGUGUCCAGAAAUAAUCCAGGAUAUAUCUAAGGAUGUGGUUGAUGAAAACAACAUGAAUAAGAAGUUGUUUCUGGACAGUCUACGAAAAGCGCUUGCUGGCCAUGGAGGAAGCAGGCAGCUGACUGAAAGUGCUGCAAUCGCCUGUGUCAAACUGUGUAAAGCAAGUACUUAUAUCAACUGGGAAGAUAACUCCGUCAUUUUCCUACUAGUUCAGUCCAUGGUGGUUGAUCUUAAGAACCUGCUUUUUAAUCCAAGUAAACCAUUCUCAAGAGGCAGUCAGCCUGCAGAUGUGGACCUAAUGAUUGACUGCCUGGUUUCUUGCUUUCGUAUAAGCCCUCACAACAACCAGCAUUUUAAGAUCUGCCUGGCUCAAAAUUCCCCUUCUACAUUUCACUAUGUGCUGGUAAAUUCACUCCAUCGAAUCAUCACCAAUUCUGCAUUAGAUUGGUGGCCUAAGAUUGAUGCUGUGUAUUGUCACUCAGUUGAACUUCGAAAUAUGUUUGGUGAAACCCUUCAUAAAGCAGUCCAGGGUUGUGGAGCGCACCCAGCCAUACGAAUGGCACCGAGUCUUACAUUUAAAGAAAAAGUAACAAGCCUUAAAUUUAAAGAAAAACCUACAGACCUGGAGACAAGAAGCUAUAAGUAUCUUCUCUUGUCCAUGGUGAAACUAAUUCAUGCAGACCCAAAGCUCUUGCUUUGUAAUCCAAGAAAACAGGGGCCUGAAACUCAAGGCAGUACCGCAGAAUUAAUUACAGGGCUCGUCCAACUGGUCCCUCAGUCGCACAUGCCAGAGAUUGCUCAGGAAGCAAUGGAGGCUCUGCUGGUUCUUCAUCAGUUAGAUAGCAUUGAUUUGUGGAAUCCCGAUGCUCCUGUAGAAACAUUUUGGGAAAUUAGCUCACAAAUGCUUUUUUACAUCUGUAAGAAAUUAACUAGCCAUCAAAUGCUUAGUAGCACAGAAAUUCUCAAAUGGUUGCGGGAAAUUUUGAUCUGCAGGAAUAAAUUUCUUCUUAAAAAUAAGCAGGCAGAUAGAAGUUCCUGUCACUUUCUCUUCCUUUAUGGAGUAGGGUGUGAUAUUCCUUCAAGUGGAAAUACCAGUCAGAUACCCAUGGAUCAUGAAGAAUUACUACGUACUUGUACUCCUGGAACCUCUCUCCGGAGGGGAAAAGGAAACUCAUCCAUGGAUAGUGCAGCAGGAUACAGCGGAACCCCACCAAUAUGCCGACAAGCCCAGACCAAACUAGAAGUGGCCCUGUACAUGUUUCUGUGGAGCCCUGACACUGAAGCUGUUCUGGUUGCCAUGUCCUGUUUUCGUCACCUCUGUGAGGAAGCGGAUAUCCGGUGUGGGGUGGAUGAAGUGUCAGUGCACAACUUCCUGCCCAAUUAUAACACAUUUAUGGAAUUUGCCUCUGUCAGCAACAUGAUGUCGACAGGAAGAACAGCACUUCAGAAAAGAGUGAUGGCACUGCUACGGCGAAUUGAGCAUCCUGCAGGAAAUACUGAGGCUUGGGAAGAUACGCAUGCAAAGUGGGAACAAGCUACAAAACUAAUCCUCAACUACCCGAAAGCCAAAAUGGAAGAUGGCCAGGCUGCCGAAAGCCUUCAUAAAACCAUUGUUAAGAGGCGAAUGUCUCAUGUGAGCGGAGGAGGAUCCAUAGAUUUGUCUGACACGGACUCCCUGCAAGAAUGGAUCAACAUGACUGGCUUCCUUUGUGCCCUUGGGGGAGUGUGCCUACAGCAGAGAAGCAAUUCUGGCCUGGCAACCUAUAGCCCACCCAUGGGCCCAGUCAGUGAACGCAAGGGUUCCAUGAUUUCAGUGAUGUCCUCAGAGGGGAACGCAGACACACCUGUCAGCAAAUUUAUGGAUCGGCUGCUAUCCUUAAUGGUCUGCAACCAUGAGAAAGUGGGACUUCAAAUACGGACCAAUGUUAAGGAUUUGGUGGGUCUAGAGUUGAGUCCUGCUCUUUAUCCAAUGCUCUUUAACAAAUUAAAGAAUACCAUCAGCAAGUUUUUUGACUCCCAAGGACAGGUUUUAUUGACCGACACAAAUACUCAGUUUGUGGAGCAAACCAUAGCUAUAAUGAAGAACUUACUAGAUAAUCAUACUGAAGGCAGCUCUGAACACCUAGGGCAAGCUAGCAUUGAAACAAUGAUGUUAAACCUGGUCAGGUAUGUUCGUGUGCUUGGGAAUAUGGUCCAUGCAAUUCAAAUAAAAACAAAAUUGUGUCAGUUAGUCGAAGUAAUGAUGGCAAGGAGAGAUGACCUCUCGUUUUGUCAAGAGAUGAAAUUUAGGAAUAAAAUGGUAGAAUACCUGACAGAUUGGGUCAUGGGAACAUCCAACCAAGCGGCAGAUGAUGAUGUAAAAUGUCUUACAAGAGACUUGGACCAGGCAAGCAUGGAAGCAGUAGUUUCACUCCUGGCUGGUCUUCCGUUGCAGCCUGAGGAAGGAGAUGGUGUGGAAUUGAUGGAAGCCAAAUCACAGUUAUUUCUUAAGUAUUUCACAUUGUUUAUGAACCUUUUGAACGACUGUAGUGAAGUUGAAGAUGAAAAUGCACAAACAGGUGGCAGGAAACGUGGCAUGUCUCGGAGGCUGGCAUCACUGAGGCACUGUACAGUUCUGGCAAUGUCAAACUUACUCAAUGCUAACGUGGACAGUGGCCUCAUGCACUCCAUAGGUUUAGGUUAUCACAAAGAUCUCCAGACAAGAGCUACGUUUAUGGAAGUUCUGACAAAAAUCCUUCAGCAAGGCACAGAAUUUGAUACACUUGCAGAAACGGUGUUGGCAGAUCGUUUUGAGAGACUGGUGGAGUUGGUCACAAUGAUGGGUGAUCAAGGAGAGCUUCCUAUAGCUAUGGCUCUGGCCAAUGUGGUCCCUUGUUCUCAGUGGGAUGAACUAGCUCGAGUUCUAGUGACUCUAUUUGACUCUCGGCAUUUACUCUACCAACUGCUCUGGAACAUGUUUUCUAAGGAAGUAGAAUUGGCAGACUCCAUGCAGACUCUUUUCCGAGGCAACAGCUUAGCCAGUAAAAUAAUGACCUUCUGUUUCAAGGUAUAUGGUGCUACCUACUUACAGAAACUCCUGGAUCCUUUAUUACGGAUUGUGAUCACAUCCUCUGAUUGGCAACAUGUUAGUUUUGAAGUGGAUCCUACCAGGUUAGAACAGUCAGAGAGCCUUGAGGAAAACCAGCGGAACCUCCUUCAGAUGACUGAGAAGUUCUUCCAUGCCAUCAUCAGCUCCUCAUCAGAAUUCCCACCUCAACUACGAAGUGUGUGCCACUGUUUAUACCAGGCAACUUGCCACUCCCUACUGAAUAAAGCUACAGUAAAAGAAAAAAAGGAAAACAAAAAAUCAGUGGUUAGCCAGCGUUUCCCUCAGAACAGCAUCGGUGCGGUAGGAAGUGCUAUGUUCCUCAGAUUUAUCAAUCCUGCCAUCGUCUCACCAUAUGAAGCAGGAAUUUUAGAUAAAAAACCACCACCUAGAAUCGAAAGGGGCUUGAAGUUAAUGUCAAAGAUACUUCAGAGUAUUGCCAAUCAUGUUCUUUUCACAAAAGAAGAGCAUAUGCGGCCUUUUAAUGAUUUUGUGAAGAGUAACUUUGAUGCAGCAAGAAGGUUUUUCCUUGAUAUAGCAUCAGAUUGUCCUACAAGUGAUGCAGUAAAUCACAGUCUUUCCUUCAUCAGUGAUGGCAAUGUACUUGCUUUACAUCGUCUCCUCUGGAACAAUCAAGAGAAAAUUGGCCAGUAUCUUUCCAGCAACAGGGAUCACAAAGCUGUUGGAAGACGACCUUUCGAUAAGAUGGCAACACUUCUUGCGUACCUGGGUCCUCCAGAGCACAAACCUGUGGCAGACACACACUGGUCCAGCCUUAACCUUACCAGUUCAAAAUUUGAGGAAUUUAUGACUAGGCAUCAAGUACAUGAAAAAGAAGAGUUCAAGGCCUUGAAAACGUUAAGUAUUUUCUACCAAGCUGGGACCUCCAAAGCUGGGAAUCCUAUAUUUUAUUAUGUUGCACGGAGGUUCAAAACUGGUCAAAUCAAUGGAGAUUUGCUGAUAUACCACGUCUUGCUGACUUUAAAGCCAUAUUAUGCAAAGCCAUAUGAAAUUGUAGUGGAUCUUACCCACACUGGGCCUAGCAAUCGCUUUAAAACAGACUUUCUCUCCAAGUGGUUUGUUGUUUUCCCUGGCUUUGCUUAUGACAAUGUCUCUGCAGUCUAUAUCUAUAACUGUAACUCCUGGGUCAGGGAAUAUACCAAGUAUCAUGAACGGCUGCUGACUGGCCUCAAAGGCAGCAAAAGGCUCAUUUUCAUAGACUGUCCUGGGAAACUGGCUGAACAUAUUGAGCAUGAACAACAGAAACUACCUGCUGCCACCUUGGCUUUAGAAGAGGACCUGAAGGUAUUCCACAAUGCUCUCAAGCUAGCUCACAAAGACACCAAGGUUUCUAUUAAAGUUGGUUCUACUGCUGUUCAAGUAACCUCAGCAGAGCGAACAAAAGUCCUGGGGCAAUCAGUCUUUCUAAAUGAUAUCUAUUAUGCUUCGGAAAUUGAAGAGAUCUGCCUAGUGGAUGAGAACCAGUUUACCUUAACUAUUGCAAACCAGGGCACACCACUCACCUUCAUGCACCAGGAGUGUGAUGCUAUUGUUCAGUCUAUCAUUCACAUCCGGACGCGCUGGGAGCUUUCACAGCCAGACUCCAUCCCCCAGCAUACCAAGAUUCGACCAAAAGAUGUCCCUGGGACACUGCUCAAUAUCGCGUUACUUAAUUUAGGCAGUUCAGACCCUAGUUUACGGUCAGCUGCCUAUAAUCUUCUGUGUGCCUUAACUUGUACCUUUAAUUUAAAAAUCGAGGGCCAGUUACUAGAGACAUCAGGGUUAUGUAUCCCAGCCAACAACACCCUCUUUAUUGUCUCUAUUAGUAAGACACUGGCAGCCAAUGAGCCGCACCUCACCUUAGAAUUUUUGGAAGAGUGUAUUUCUGGAUUUAGCAAAUCUAGUAUUGAAUUGAAACACCUUUGUUUGGAAUACAUGACUCCAUGGCUGUCAAAUCUAGUACGUUUUUGUAAGCACAAUGAUGAUGCCAAACGACAAAGAGUUACUGCGAUCCUUGAUAAGCUGAUAACAAUGACCAUAAACGAGAAACAGAUGUAUCCAUCUAUUCAAGCAAAAAUAUGGGGGAGCCUUGGGCAGAUUACAGACCUCCUCGAUGUUGUACUAGACAGUUUCAUCAAGACCAGUGCAACAGGCGGCUUGGGAUCAAUAAAAGCUGAGGUGAUGGCAGACACCGCCGUAGCCUUGGCUUCUGGAAAUGUGAAACUGGUUUCAAGCAAGGUUAUUGGAAGGAUGUGCAAAAUAAUUGACAAGACAUGCUUAUCUCCAACUCCUACUUUAGAACAGCACCUUAUGUGGGACGAUAUUGCCAUUCUAGCACGCUACAUGCUGAUGCUGUCCUUCAACAAUUCCCUUGAUGUGGCAGCUCAUCUCCCCUACCUCUUCCAUGUUGUUACUUUCUUAGUAGCCACAGGGCCACUCUCCCUGCGAGCUUCCACACAUGGCUUGGUCAUUAAUAUCAUUCACUCUCUGUGUACUUGCUCACAGCUUCAUUUUAGUGAAGAAACCAAGCAAGUUUUGAGACUCAGUUUGACAGAGUUCUCCUUACCUAAAUUUUACCUACUAUUUGGCAUUAGCAAAGUCAAGUCAGCUGCUGUCAUUGCCUUCCGAUCCAGUUACCGGGACAGGUCAUUCUCCCCUGGCUCCUAUGAGAGGGAAACUUUUGCUUUGACAUCCCUGGAAACAGUUACAGAAGCUUUGUUGGAGAUCAUGGAGGCAUGUAUGAGAGAUAUUCCAACAUGCAAAUGGCUGGACCAGUGGACAGAACUAGCCCAAAGAUUUGCGUUCCAAUAUAAUCCAUCCCUGCAACCAAGAGCUCUUGUUGUCUUUGGCUGUAUUAGCAAACGAGUGUCUCAUGGGCAGAUAAAGCAGAUUAUCCGUAUUCUUAGCAAGGCACUUGAGAGUUGCUUAAAAGGACCUGAGACUUACAACAGUCAAGUUCUGAUAGAAGCUACAGUAAUAGCACUAACCAAAUUGCAACCACUUCUUAAUAAGGACUCCCCUCUGCACAAAGCCCUCUUUUGGGUAGCAGUGGCCGUGCUGCAGCUUGAUGAGGUCAACUUGUACUCAGCAGGCACCGCACUUCUAGAACAAAAUCUGCACACUUUAGACAGUCUCCGGAUAUUCAAUGACAAGAGUCCAGAGGAAGUGUUUAUGGCAAUCCGGAAUCCUCUGGAAUGGCACUGCAAGCAAAUGGAUCAUUUUGUUGGACUCAAUUUCAACUCUAACUUUAACUUCGCACUGGUUGGACACCUCCUAAAAGGAUACAGGCAUCCUUCACCUGCCAUUGUUGCAAGAACAGUCAGGAUUUUGCAUACACUACUAACUCUGGUUAAUAAACAUAGAAACUGUGACAAAUUUGAGGUGAAUACACAGAGCGUGGCUUACUUGGCAGCCUUACUCACAGUGUCUGAGGAGGUUCGAAGUCGCUGUAGCCUAAAACACAGAAAGUCUCUUCUUCUUACUGAUAUUUCAAUGGAAAAUGUUCCUAUGGAUACAUAUCCCAUUCAUCAUGGCGACCCUAGCUACAGGGCACUAAAGGAGAAUCAGCCAUGGUCCUCUCCCAAAGGUUCUGAAGGGUACCUUGCAGCCAGCUAUCCAACUGCCGGCCAGACCAGUCCCCGAGCCAGGAAAUCCAUGAGCUUGGACAUGGGCCAGCCUUCUCAGGCAAACACAAAGAAGUUACUUGGAACAAGGAAAAGUUUUGAUCACUUGAUAUCAGACACAAAGGCUCCUAAAAGGCAAGAAAUGGAAUCAGGGAUCACAACACCCCCCAAAAUGAGGAGAGUAGCAGAAACUGAUUAUGAAAUGGAAACUCAGAGGAUUUCCUCAUCACAACAUCCACAUUUACGUAAAGUUUCAGUGUCUGAAUCAAAUGUUCUCCUAGAUGAAGAAGUACUCACUGAUCCGAAGAUCCAAGCCCUUCUUCUUACUGUUCUGGCUACCCUGGUAAAAUACACCACAGAUGAGUUUGAUCAACGAAUUCUUUAUGAAUAUUUAGCAGAAGCCAGUGUUGUUUUCCCCAAAGUUUUUCCUGUUGUACACAAUUUGUUGGACUCUAAAAUCAACACCCUGUUGUCAUUGUGCCAAGAUCCAAAUUUGUUAAAUCCGAUCCAUGGAAUUGUGCAGAGUGUGGUAUACCAUGAAGAAUCCCCACCACAGUACCAAACAUCUUACCUGCAAAGUUUUGGUUUUAAUGGCUUGUGGCGGUUUGCAGGACCCUUUUCAAAGCAAACACAAAUCCCAGACUAUGCUGAGCUUAUUGUUAAGUUUCUUGAUGCCUUGAUUGACACGUAUUUGCCUGGAAUUGAUGAAGAAACCAGUGAGGAGUCCCUCCUGACACCCACAUCUCCUUAUCCUCCUGCAGUGCAGAGCCAGCUUAGUAUUACUGCAAACCUUAACCUUUCUAAUUCCAUGACCUCACUUGCAACUUCCCAGCAUUCCCCAGGAAUCGACAAGGAGAACGUUGAACUCUCUCCCACCACUGGGCACUGCAACAGUGGACGAACUCGCCAUGGAUCCGCAAGCCAAGUGCAGAAGCAAAGAAGUGCUGGCAGUUUCAAACGUACUAGCAUUAAGAAGAUCGUGUGAAGCUUUCUUUUCUUCCUUUUUCAAACAGACGUAACUGAUACGGGCUCUUCACUAGUGACCCCUCACCACCGUGCUGUGAUGCUGCACUUCAUGUUUUACGAUGAGCCCAUCCAGUCUGCCAUGUUGCCAGAUGAUCAACUCUUGGAAACAUUGCCUAAAUUUAAUGCUGCUUUUUUCUUUUUUCCUUCUACUCUCGGUGUGUCUGGUUUAAGCAAGUGUUCAGAACAACUGCAAAGAAAGUGGGAGGUCAGGACACUUGAACUGAGAACAUCCCAGUUGUAAGAGAGGAUGGAUUCUUGAAUACUGCUACUACUGGCCAGCUAUGAAAGCCAUUUGCACAGAGCUCUGCCUUCUAUGUUUUCCCCUUCUUCAUCAUACAAAGUAAAGUGUUAGUCUUAUUUACACACUUUUCAAGGUAGAAGUUUAUGGGAGAAAUAAUAUUAUAACCCCAGUAUGUUUAAUCUGACUUUUAGCUGUGGACUUUUUUUUACCUUACAAAACUGAAGAACCAUAGAGGUCAAGCCUCAGUGACUUCACACCAUAAAGCCACAGGCAAGGUACUUGGGCGGGGGGCGGGGGGGGGGGGAAUUUAGUAUUUUGUAGUGGGUUCUUAAGCACUACUAACACUUGAGUAUUAGCAAUAAUUACAGGAAAAUAUGCGUAACCACAUAUAUCUUAACAUUACCAAAUUAAAGAGAUGAGUUCUGAGGCCUUAUCCAAACUCAGUCAUCCAAACUAGGUUAUAUUUUUCUCCAGUUGAUUAUCUUUUAAUCUUUAAAUAUGCUAAAAGUUUUUUUCUUUUUGUAAGCCAGAACUAUACUAAGUAUAGUAAUUAUACAUUUUCCCCUUACUCCUCUUUCCUGAAUAAUUCUGAGCAGGGUAAUCAGUGAACAAAGUGUUGAAUAUUGUUCCUAGAAGGUAAUUUUCGUAGAUGGUUGCAUUAGCUCCAUAGCAAAAUGGAAUGGUACGUGACUAUUUAGAGUAGCUGAUGCUUUUAUUUUGUUUAAUAAUUUUCCCGGAAACAUAGAGUAUGGUGUAUAUUAUCAAAAAUUUUUUGAUAAGAUGUAUUUUAAAUGUCUUGUAAUCUUUCCUUUCCCCUCCAAAAAAAUCAGGAAUCUCUUUAGCAAAAACAUUUGGGUUCUAUAGGAUAGAAUUACAUUUAAUCACUGUGAAAAGACUGGUCGGCCUGCAUUCGUAUGACAAUAGGGGACCUUAAGAGUUGCUGCUAUCCUGGAUGGUAUGGAUUAUCAUGGCAUUGGAACUUCCAUAGUAAUGCAGAUCCAGUUUCUUGGUGGUACCUGCAGUGUGCAAAAUGAUUUGACUUCAGUGACUAUAUUAGUAUCUGGUGUUCCAAUUAGGACUAAAGUAUAUUUAUUACAAGAAGAUAUUACCCCUUUAUUCCCGGGUUCCCUUUAUACAUGAAGAUGAAAUGGCUUGGGGAGGGAAAAAGAAACCUAGGGGAGGGGAAGUAUCCUGAAGUGCUAUCUCAUGAGUGGAUUUCAGUAAAUUAAAUUCCACAGCUAAAUCAAUAAAUAAUGGUACAUUUAAAUGUUCUGAUUUUAAUAAUAUAACACGUUUCACAUUUAUCCACACAGUAACCAUGUAAUAUGUUAAUGUAAAUAAAAUUGCUUUUGAUAUUCAGAAAUAACAAGAAUUUAAUUUUUUUUAAUUUGUUUACAGUCCUGGGAAAAGUAGGAACCAUUUGCCAAAAUAAAAGGAAAACACCUUAGUAUUAGUAGUUAUUUUGCCGUUAAAUUGUUAGAAAAUACUGAAGACAGGUGCAAUUAACUAAACUUUUGUUUUUAGCCAUUGUAGAGGCUGCAUUAGAGUAGAAUGUUUAUAACAACAGAGCAGCUAAGAUGAUAAGGAAGUAAGACUAGUGCUGAGUUGAGAAAUGGGUCAUUAACACCCUGUGCCAAGGAUGCCAAGCUGCCGGUGAGGCCUGCGUCCCCCCCCCGUAACCCAGUGCUUCUGGGUGGGUAUCACAACUUCCCGGCUCCAAUUUUGGUUCCAUGUUUUUCCCUCUUUGUUGGUUGCUUUGGUGCAGUGACAGUGGGUAUGUUAUGCUGUUUUCCUUCUCUCAUCAAAAGAGAGGAAUUUCCAAAAGUUUAUUGUUAAAAAUAUUGACCUUUCCAUAAACAGGUUUUCCAAGGUAUGCUAUUUCUUAAAUUUAUUCAUUAUUUCCCUCUAGUAUAAUGAAUGGGAUGAAUUCACUUGAAGUAUCUCAUGAAAUGAUGUAUGUUGCACAAAUAAAAAUUGAACCUCUUUUGAACUGCAGAAAUACUUUUGACCAGUACAUCUUGGGAAUUUGAAAAUUAAGAUUUACUUUGUCAGGAGUUCCUGUCAUGGCUCAGUGGUAAUGAACCCGACUUGUAUCCAUGAGGACAUGGGUUCAAUCCCUGGCUUCACUCAGUGGGCUGAGUAUCUGGCGUUGCUGUGAGCUGUGGUGUAGGCUGGCAGCUGUAGCUCCGAUUUGACCCCUAUCCUGGGAACUUCCAUAUGCCACAGGUGUGGCCCUAAAAAGACAAAAAAAAGAUUUACCUUGUUAAAAGAACUUCCAACUUUUUUGAAAAGUCGAGCUUUCCAAGUAACUAAAAUGAACAUAAGAUAAAUCUCCCACCAAUGUGCUUCCCCUGAGAAAGGAAGCUCUCUUUUAGGCCUCGUGCCUAUAACCUGCACAGGAAAUUCUGAAGGUCAGAGCAGGUUGCCCAUUUGGCAUAGUCUGAUGUAAAUUCUAUAAAGUAAUUCGUUUUGGGUUUGUGAAUGUUUCCCCUGACUUUUUAAAAAGGAGCACAUUAAUUUAUCACGUCUCUUUGUCUCGCAUGAGCUCCCUGUUGUGUCACCGCCCAGCCCCACGGGUGUGCCCUUGUUUGCCAGCCUUGAGACCCAGUUCUCCAGCUUUGGGGGAAGUGGCGAAUGCUCUGUCCUUCAUCCCCUGGACACCUGUUCCAUACUGAGCGUCGGCUCUGUGUAGAGCCCGGGCUAGACGCUGAGGACACCACAGAGAAUGGCCAGCUGCCACCCCCGUGAACCGAUGUCCUGGGGAGACAGACUAUAAGCGAGCCAUCUUCCCCGCUGAGUGGGUUUUAGAGUGAAUUUGGUUUUGGCUUUCUGUUUUUUGGUUUUGUUUUUACAUCCCACCCCCGCCCCAGGCAUAAUGAGGCAUGUCUUAUUCGAUGUUAUGCAAUGGACCUAUACAAAAAUUCACUCUUAGUGUCCGCCACAAUUUUUUUUAAUGCAGUAUAUUCACCUGUAAAUAGUUUGUGUAAAAUUUGACAGAAAAGUAUAUUUACUACACUGUAAAUACAUGUGAUGAUAUAUUGUAUUAUUUUGCUUUUUUGUAAAGCAGUUAGUUGCUGUACAUGGAUAACAAACAAAAAUUUGAUUAUUCUCGUGUUAGUAUUGUUAACUUCUUCCUGCGACUGCGUUCCAUCAUUUAAAGAAAAUGCUGUGUAUUGUGAACUUCCAUUGUAUAUGAUAACUUCCUCUCUUUUCCAUUGGGGCCCAAACUUCGGCAGUUCCCUUGUCUGCAGUCUUGUUACUAUUGUAAGCAGUUGUACGCCAGCAGGAGAAUUACUGCCCAACAGACAAGACCCAUCGUUGCAGGGGGAAACUGUAGACAUCCAUUUCAGAUCACUGUUGCUCCCAUCCCAUUUUCCUCCCUGUGUAUGUACUCCUCCCCCUUUUUUAAAGUAAAAUGUAAAUUCAACCUGCUG